AACUGGAAAGUAAGCAGUGCAUAUUUUACCAUCUGAUAGUUUUGAAAAAAGAGUACAUCGUGCAUGUUUGACUUUCAGGUGAUAGCUUUUAAAGAAAUAACAACGUGUUUUUUGUUUGUUGUAUUGCGGCUAGUUAUCAGCACCACGCUUCAAUAAAAAAAAAAUGGCGUUGCCGCCUAAUUACAGACAGAUAGCGUCUGCAGCUUCUAGCCCUGCAGCCGGUAACAACUUGCUCUCAGCCGGAGCACCAAUGACACUGAAUAUAUUAAAGGAGCGUCUACGCGCUACGGGUGGCGGGACAGCGUCAUCAGGCAAUGAGAGCUCGCCGACUCAGAGCCCAUUCGUUGUGACCCCUCACAGCCAUCCGGGCUUCGUUCCGCAGAAAGUUGGGAAAACUUCGGGUGCGGACACCAAAGUCCCGAAACCACCCAAGCCACCAGAAAAACCUCUGAUUCCAUACAUGAGAUACAGCCGAAAGGUUUGGGAUCAGAUCAAAGCACAGAAUCCUGAGCUGAAGUUAUGGGAGAUUGGUAAGAUUAUUGGACAGAUGUGGCGAGAUCUUCCUGAACUAGAAAAAACAGAUUUCGUCGAAGAGUACGAAGCAGAGAAGGUGGAGUAUGAGAAGAAACUUAAGACGUAUCAUAAUUCCCCAGCGUACGUGGCUUAUGUGGCAGCCAAGAAUCGUGCCCAGCAGGCAGCGGACGAACAGGAGUCCCACGAUCGCUCCGGGAGUGGUUCGAGCAAGCAGGCGGCAGAUCGCCGAAUCGACAUCCAGCCUGCUGAGGACGAAGACGAUCAGGAUGAUGGCUACUCCGUGAAACACGUGGCCUACGCCCGUUACCUUCGCAACCAUCGCCUAAUCAACGAGAUUUUCUCGGACAUGGUUGUGCCAGACGUACGAUCCGUGGUCACCACAGCGAGGAUGCAAGUGCUCAAGCGACAGGUGCAGUCGCUUACCAUGCAUCAGAAAAAGCUCGAAGCUGAACUGCAACAGAUUGAAGAGAAGUUCGAAGCCAAGAAAAAGAAAUUUGUGGAGAGCAGUGAACAAUUUCAAGUGGAGCUGAAGAAGCACUGCUCGCGGGCUGUUGAUGACGAAGCAUUUCAGCGGAUGGUGGAGGAGCAGUACGAUCGCUUGCGCAGGGCACGAGAUGGAGUCGUUGACGAGGUCAAGCAGAAGACUCCAGAAGAAUCAAAACCGACGCCAGGAGAGCUCACCGCACCGUCUUCGAUGGGCCCGUCCCAGGAAGAGGCGAUGGAAGCAGAAUCGUCGAAUGAUAGCGAACAAAAGCCUGCGGAGACCCCUCCGGCACCCACGCCACCCAUGGCACCCGCCAAACAGAGAGAGCCGCCCUCCGCCGCUCCACCCCCGACCGCUCCAACACCACCUGCGAGUCAAACGUUUCCCCAAGGAAAUGUCCCACAGAAUUUCACCCAAGCCACACCACCUCAGAGUUAUCCUCAGAAUAUGGUAGUGCAGAAUUAUCCCCAGGCACCUCACAACUACAGCCAGAACACCCAGACCCCUCCGCUGUCGAACCCGGCAGUAUCCGUAGCAGCUGCGGUAGCAGUCGCUGCCCCUCCCACCGCCACCGCGCCCAUGCCCCACGCCACGCCCACCCCUUCCCCUCAACCCCCACCGCAGCCCCCUCUCCACCCGGCGCCACCGCACGCCUCGUACCAGCAGUACCCGACGUCAACUCCGGUGGCUGCCACCAACCCCCCACCCCCGCGGGCCCCCUACCCGCAGUACCCUCCGUACCCACAGCAGCCGUACCCGCAGUACGCCCCGCCGCAGCCGUACUACCAGCCGUACCCGUACCACAUGCCCCCGCGGCACUACCAGCCCCCGCAGCACAGCGCCGAGGCAGCCCCGCAGGCCGAGGGCCACGUGCCCUACGGGGCGAGUCCGUCGCCCGACAUGGAGCGCAAGCCCUAGACGCAGCCUGCACCCUCCCUGUCGCCAUCACAACCCGUGCAUUCAUGCAUGUGAACCACACAUUAGUACCACAUGUGGGGUGAAGGUGAUGUCAUGGUGUUUAUUUUGUGUUUGUUAUUUAAUUAAUAAUUCAGAUAGUGUCGGUGUUAUGUGAAUAUUUACAAGUCAUACUGUCAUUUACGAGUUUUGUUGACUCGUGUGUCUGGCAGUGCAUUGGAAUUCAUUUAUCAUUUGGCUUUGUAAUUGUAUGUAAUUUAGUUUAAUUAUCAUCCUUGGAUAUUUUACAAUGAAACAUUACUAAUGGUGAUGCACAUUUUAUUAACAAAGGAUGACUAUGAGAAGAAGAAAUUGGAUUUUAAAAACUUGACUUAUAGCAAUGUAAAAGAUGUUAAUUGUAUUAUUUAGACUUUAAUUUGGUAGGAUAAGUUACUGUGUUUGUUACAGUACACAUCAGAACUGGUUGAAACUCUUUGUUCAGAACUUUUGAUAGGUCUAUUUACUGUUUAUUGUAUUCAUUUUUUUAAGUAAUGGAAAUAUUGUUAAAAAUCUUAUUGGUUUUGUUAUAUGGAUUGAGGUGGACAAAAUUAUAAAUUAAGGGCCUUUUUUAAUGGUAUGUGCAACUACACCAGCAUCUCAUUUUGGUUUUGAGUUUAUUCAUUUAUGCCAUUUGAAUUUUGUAUUCUAAUAUAAUUGUUGACAGUAGCUUUUAUACUUUAUCAACUCUUUAAUGAUAAGGUCAUUGUUCAUUCAAUAGUCAUUCUUCCAAUUUUUUUGUGUAAAGACAUUAAAUUAUAAUUUAACAAUAAAUGCAAUUUUGAAAGGAAAAAGCCAUGAAAUUGGUAUUUUUGUAUCUCGCAGAUUUUUUAAUCCCUAAUUUCUGUUAAUUGAUUCAGUUUUUAUGCUAAUCGAUAAAAUCACAUGAAUAUAAACUUAAUAGCUCAGAAAAGUCUUCAAAAUGUAAAAUUACAUAGUGUAGCCUAUGUCAAUUCAACAUUACAGUUUGAGGAAGUAACUAAUUGGCUAUAAGAAAAUUACAUUCAUACUUAAGUUAUUCAUGUGGGCCUGUAUAUUUAUUUUAUCAUCCAAUCAAGUAACACUUUGGCUAAAUACAAACUUUAAUAGUAUUAUUUCAUGAUGUAAAUGAAUGCACGUAAUACUGCUAACCUAGAUUUUUCAUUGAUUCACAGGUUUUGCCCAUAAACCUAGGAUUUCGAGGGGAAUCUUUGGGGGAGAAGCAUAAAUCUUGCGUCACAGGUAAAUAAAUUUAAGGGAUGCUGUUACACUAACAUUUUUGAAAAUAUUUUUUUUUUAUUAUGGACUAUAAACCUUGUUUUAGGAUACAGGCUGUUUCAAAUACCUUCUUAGCCUAAAGUAUCAUUGAAAAGUGCACUUUAAAAGAAUGUCAGCAAUUUUGAAAAUAUUGAUAACAACAAUUUUUUUAUUUUAGCAAUAGGAAAGCAUUGAGUGGAUAUUAUAGCCACAUUUUAGGAAAAUAUAUUAUCAGGUUAUUGACUGGCAGUGGUUUUGUUUUUGUGGGUUUGUAUUAAUGUGCUGCUCUGGUCUCUUCUAAUAUUGCAUCAUUAAGUAUAUUCAUAGAUGAGGUAUAGUCAUUAUAGAUCUGAAAUGCCCACGUCGGUGACUGCGGCUGCGUUAAACUCGAUCAGCUUGGCACAAAUUAUAUUCAUAUCCUGUAGAAAGUAAAACAUAAUUUUUAAUUUCAGUGACUUAUACUUGAGCACACUUACAAACUCAUCAAUGCUCUACACCAGAUUUUAAAAAAUCUUCAACGGAAACAAAUUCAAUGUGAAACGCGUACGUCACCACCGCUGCUGCAAAAGCCUGCAGCAUAACGGCGCCUCAAAUCUUUGAUUUAAAGAACUCACCACGUAAUUAGGUACAUUGGAUACCUUCUCAAAAUUUAUGCGACUUAAAAUUUACUGUUUGCAAAAUUUUAACAGUUUAUAUUACAUUUUGAUAUUUUUGUUUGAAUUUUGCUUGGCAGUAUAGGUGUGAUAAUUCCUAUUCCACAAUAAUAUUUUUAAUAAGUUCUAGUUUAGAAACAAAUUCACUCAACACAUUUCGCAACACAAUUUGCAAGGAGUCUUAAGUGUAAAAUCGUAAACUUAAAAAAAAGUUUAUUUAUUAGGUUUUGUAUUUAAAAUUCAUCCUAAAACAUUUUUUAAAAUAUUUUUCACUUUUCACAGUGUGAAGGUCUUGCAAAGAAAAAGAGGUCAGGCAAAACACAAAUAAAUACCUUCUUAAUUUUUCUGUUUGCUUUCACUAGUAUAAAAUGCUGCUUUCAAAUAAGCGCUAACAUGAGAGUGCUAGUGUGUUGAUUAUGAAGUAUUCUGUCUAUCAGUUUUAUUGAUGUAAAGUCAAAUAUACUUUUUGUCUUUUAAGUAAUGUGCUGUAUGAGAAAUGUGUUAAGAGUAGAUCUAUUAAGAAGGUCUUAUACCUUUAUUUAGUAUAGGUUUUAGUGUGUGGGUGAUAAUGUUAUUGAGUAGCAUAUUGGUGUAUGUGUUUCAUGUAGAUGUGUUUUUGUGUGUUGUCAGUUAUUUUGUGAAAUACUUUAGGUAUUUUGCGAAGAAUUUGGAUUAUCAUGUUUUUAAAUAAAUCUUAUGAAACUAGUGGUGGUGUGAAGUUUAACACAAAAUACCUGGUCUAAAUUAUUUUUCAAGACCAAAUGUAUUUAAAGAAACAUUUCUAAAACUCAUUCAUUGUAUCAAGAAUAUGUGUUAGCAGAAUAUUAUAUUGAUAUAUAAAUAGUAAUGCAAAUUGGGAAAUAAAAUUUUAUGUCCUCAACAAAUUACUUUGACAGUUAUUUUUUAUGUAAGCAUAAUUACUUGUGUCUUAUGAAGUAGCUCAGAAUCAAGUUUUUCAUGUAGAAUGUCUUUAAGCUAGUAGUUAGAUAUUUUUUUUAAGUGUACACUUAAGAUAAUAAAAGUAAAUUUGG